UCUGGGAGAAGUUGAGAUUUGGACGGUGGACUGAUGGGUUUCUGACGACGUGAUCUCUCAUAAUAUGACACAAUUUUUCUCUUGUUUUCCAUUUUCAACUUUUUGGUAAAAAUGUAAAAUUAUUUUCCCAAUCUCAUUAUCAUUCAAUUCUUCUCACUUUUGUUCAUGGUCUUGAAUUUUUGGUGUGGUGUUUUAAGUCUUAAAUCUUAUCUUGUUGCAAUCUGAUCUUUGAUGGAGGAGGUGAGGGUUUUUCACCUAAUGUCAACAUAAGGAAUCUCAUUAAUGGUUUUUUUUUCCUGCUUUCAGCGUUUCUUUAUCUUUGCUUAGCUGGAAAAAUGUCGGCUUCAUCUUAUCAAACGAAAAAAAGUAUUCGUGGAUACUGUUUGGUCUUUUAUGGAUGUGCAAUUUCUUAAAAAUGCUACCUAGAUUUUUAUGGCUCUCAAAUUAGGACAGUUUUGGAUUAUAUGAUGAUCUCUUCUCAAAGGUUUUCUUGUUUUGUUGCUGCUACUUUUCUUUUCAUAUUUGAUCAAGUGGUUCUUGAAUCUUUCUCAUGUUUGAAGCAACUUGGAGUUAAAAAGAGAGGACAGUUUGAACAAAACUAUGUGAAAUGCUCACGAUUAUUUGUCUAAGGAUUUCAUACUUGUGAAGCAUCUAUACCUGGUGAAGUUUGUGAGGAGUAAUUUCAGGUGAGUUGGAGCGAAUAUGCAGUGCACUAGCUACACGCCUGUGUAUUACCAUGCGAGGGAUCUUAAUGCCGGUGCAGGUGGCUAUUCUUGGCACCUGUAUGAUGGUAAUGGUAACAACGGAGAAGAAAGAGGCUACAGUGUCUCCAUGCCAUCGUGUGAUCAGUACUUGGGUUACGACAAGGAAAUGCUGAAGCAAAUCAUUCAGAAUCACGAAGCCACGUUUAGGUAUCAGGUUCAGGAGCUACACCGGUUAUACAGAAGGCAGAGGGACUUGAUGGAUGAAAUGCGAGUGAGAGAGAUCUUCGAGCAGCAUUUACUAUCUAGAACAUCGGAAUCAAUCCAUUCCUCGUCUCAUGCUGGGGAUGAGAUCUCUCAGAAACCUUCUCCUGCAGCAGACUGGCUCCUUGGCAAUCUUUCAUCUCGUAAGUUGUCUGAGCUAACAUCAGGGAAUGUUCGAGGGCCUCAAAGUUUCGUUGCAGAGAACUUUCAGAAGCCUACAGCUCUACAAACCGAUGAUGUCAAAUUUCUUCUGUCGCCCAUCACUAAACGACACGGAAAUGAGAUUGUCGAUCUUGCGAAUCCAGCUUAUAUGCACCAUGAUGAUCGAGUGAAGCAGUUCAAAGCAGGGCCUGAAUUGACAUGUCGUACUCCUGAGAAAAUUUUCGACUUUCAGCCUGCUACUACUUAUUCAGAUAUUGGUUCGACUAAAACAUGGGAUUUAUCAAGCUCUAGUUCAGGUAUCAGGAAGACGUGUUGUUUCAUUGAUCUGAACGAGCCCAUACAGUUGGAAUCAUUGCCUGCAAGUUCGUCUGGUCCUCUUGAAGCUUUUACUGGUCAUAGUGAGACUGUUUGCAGCGACGAACGCAUUCCUGUCAAGGCAACACCAGAAUCUAGAGUUCCUUCGCGAGAAAACUCAGAUGGUACGAAUUCAUCAAUGCUUAUUGAUUUGAAUUCGUUGCCUGUCAAUUGUUUCUCUGAGACAGAGAUGACUUUCGGAAACCCUCCGUCUAUAAAUAGAGAAGCUAAAAUAGUUCUAGAUAGUGUCUCUGAAGACGAACCCAUUGUGCACGACAUCUGUGACAGUUUCUUGAAAACUGAAAGUCGCGUUGACUUGAACACUGGCGUAGCAGAUGAGCAUCCCCUGCCUCCAUCAAGCUCAGCUCUUCAGAAAAAAUCAGCAGAAGAUACAGAGUUGAAGGGUCCGGUUAGCCCAGAGAACGAGGAGCGUUCUCCUCCAAGAGGAGAAUCCGAAGAUAUUCAAAUGGGGACGCCUCUUUCAUUUGAACAAGGAGAGGCAGAGCCAUUCAUUGAACUUGAUACGACUGCUGCACAGACUUUAGUCAUGAUUUUUUCUUCUGGAGUCGAGGAGCCCACGGGCGCUGCUGCAGCGCUUGAGCCAUUAGCAAACUUCAGAAAUCUGUGUUGGUUUGCUGAAAUCGUAUCUUCCACUGGAGAUGAGGUAGGAGACGAGGUCAUGAAACUAGAGACCGAUGCAACAGCUGAGAAUGAUCAAGGUGAGCAAAAUGCUGUAAACACGUCUCGUUUUAGCAAAGGCAAAGGAACAGGUAGCGCGUCCAGAAGAACUGGGAAGGGCCAGAAGAGGGGAAAGAAGCAACGCAAGGGCUUCAAAUCGGAAGAAGCUCUAGAGUUUCCAGAAAUAGGUCCGCUGAAGAGAAAACCGGGCAGGAGCUCUUGUGCGAAACAAAGAAAACAUCCCAAGUUGUCUCCUUCGGAUGUGAUGAAGAAGUCAAUGAGCUCGAUCUUGAAGCAGUCUGCUGCUAGCAGCGACCACGGCGUUGUGCAGAAUUGGGGAAGGACGAGAAAACGACAAGGAGGUCGAACGCGUAGUGGGGCUAGUCAAUUCUCUCUGAUAAGCUGAGUUUGGCUUGAUUGUAGGAUAACUUGCAACAAUAACACAUUUUGUUGUUGAAAAUUGAAAGAUGUUUAAUGUACAUAUACAAAUCAGUUUUGCUGAGAACUUGUUUCAGCAGUAGGCAUUUUUACAUGAGAUAAUGUGUAGCUAUGCUGUGCUUGAUAUUCAUGAUUAUUGUGCAGUCGAGUAAAAAUGACUGCAUUCUACAAUAGGAUAUUGCUUAGGUUGUAUUUCUUCUA